CCCCGGGGGUCGCUGCGCCGUCGCCCUGCGCUCGGCCGGGGGUCUCCCGGGGGUCGCGGCCGUCCGGGGGACGCGGGACGCCCUGGUCGCGGCCGGCGCCGGAGUUUUUUCGGAAUCUGGGUUCUGUCUGCCCCAAACACCCCGGGAGCGAGGAACGGGUGCGACGAGGGCCAGCCUGGGGCCCCGGAGCAGCCUGCGCGACCCCCGCGGCGUCUCUCUGCUCGCCGCGCCUGGCUUUCGGAAGGAGUUAAGGUUCCUCGUAAUUUUCGCUUGUUGGAAGAACUUGAAGAAGGACAAAAAGGAGUAGGCGAUGGUACGGUUAGCUGGGGACUUGAAGACGAUGAAGAUAUGACACUUACAAGGUGGACAGGCAUGAUUAUUGGGCCACCAAGGACAAAUUAUGAAAACAGAAUAUAUAGCCUGAAAGUAGAAUGUGGACCUAAAUACCCAGAAGCUCCUCCAUCAGUUAGAUUUGUAACCAAAAUUAAUAUGAAUGGAAUAAAUAAUUCCAGUGGAAUGGUGGAUGCACGGAGCAUACCAGUGUUAGCGAAAUGGCAAAAUUCAUAUAGCAUUAAAGUUGUACUUCAAGAGCUAAGACGUCUAAUGAUGUCCAAAGAAAAUAUGAAGCUUCCACAGCCACCAGAAGGACAAACAUACAACAAUUAAUUUUAAUGGAUCUCAAACGUCUUAAAUCAACAACCUUCUACUCAUGUUAAUGUCUUGAUUAAAUAUCACAAUGCAAAAUACCCACACAUUAAGUAAAAGAAUUCCAGCUGGCAAAACAUGACCUGGACAUUUAUAAGAAUGUAUGUACACCCAUUAUGUUUUCAGGUAACAGGAGGAAAGAUGCAGCACAAUUUUUUUCUCUUGUUAAGGCACUGUCAUUUAGGCAUAAGCCUGGAGUACUCAAAAUAGAAUCCAGGUUUGCACGGUGAAAGCACGGUGAGAAGGGUCAGGUGGCUGAAACGCCGGUCUCGCCAGAAGGAAAACCAGAAAUGGCAUGCUUUAUCCAUCCUAGUGAAGGCUACCGUUCCAAUUGUCUAAAGUAGCAGGUAAAAUGAAUAUUGUCACAAAUUGUGUUCAGUUUUAAAGCAGUGUGGGUGCUGAUUAGUAGUAGUAUCAAAAGUAAGUUCAGGAUUGUUUCGAUACCUGUAUUUAUAAUUUAAAAAAAAAUGUCGUGGGGAGGUCAAUGAAUUUCUGUUAAAAGCCGUUCCUGUGUGUUACAUGUAACAGACAUGGUAAAUAUUUGUUUACAGUCUUUGACAAACCAUGCUAUAAGUUUAAGUGAAAUCAACAAAAAGGAAAUAGGUGUAUGGCUAUGUGAUUUUGAGAUUAAAGUUAGUCUUGAAAUGUAAAUAAAAUGUGGAAUAUGUCCUCAGAAACUGUGCCAUUUCUAUUGAUGUGGUAUAUGUAUAGUACCUUCCUGAGGUAGCAGAAAUUAGAAUUCCUGUGGCUUUUCAUCUCUACACACUGUUUAUCCUGUUUUCUACAUGUGGUAUUUGCAGAGUAUUUCAAAAUGACCUAAUUAGUUUAAUCUCUUUGGAGAAGGAGUCCUAACGUUCAUAUUUUGAGUUUGAUUUCUCCAGAAAUACAAAGAUGUUGUAAUUCUAGCAAUUCUUAAAGAAUUGUCGAUUGCAAAGCAUCCCAAUAUACAUUUGGAUUUUUUCUUUAUAGUUUAUUUCUUUCUUUCUGUGCUAAAUCAUUUUUUCUCCCCUUUCAAAUACUAACUUGGAUUAAUUUUGAGUACUCCACUUACCCUCUGCUUCAGCAAAUAAGUAAUUCUGAAUUGAGAGUUUAUUUAUUUAUAUUCUAUGUUUACCAAGUGAUAUGAGACUUAAGCUCCCCCUGCGCGCCUCCCCUCGCCUUCCCCCCACACACCUCAAUUUUAAAGCACUUGGGUAUUCUGCUUGUCGAAAAUAAUUCUCAUGAAUUCACUGAAGAAAAUAGAUGACCAGGUAACAAGGAUGGAGUUCUCAAAUUUGCCCUGGCAUGUUUUCAUCAAGUUCAUUAAAAGUUAGAGAGUUGAGCUACUUUUAUUAGGUCAGUAAUACAUUAAAGUCUAAUUUCAACAUGGUUAUUCUAAUUUAAUUAUCAAAGAUAUUUGAUGCUUUAAAAUAAGAUAGAUAUUAUAGACUUACAAAUUAGUGCAUGUGUAAUUUAUUAAAAUGAACCAUUACCUUGGAAUGUAUUCUUAAUAGUUUUAAAUGACUGAAGUAUAGUGAAUUACACUGAUCAUAUAUAAGUGUUUGAUGGUUUUUAAUGGUCUGCACAGUCUAUAACAUGUUCUUUUUCACUUUUUAAAAUGUGACUUGUGAUAAAUGGGCUCUUAUCCAUUUGAAAGCCAUUAAAUUUUAUAUAUCAGUGGGCUAAAAAUCUGGGAACUUUGAUCUCUUAUCCUUUUUUUUUCUAGAUCCAUUACUGUGAAGGUUUCCCACCAUUCCCCUCCACUCUCCUCCUUAAUAUAUGCUGUGUUGGACCUAAAAUGCUUAUUUGACCUCUUGUUUUAGGGACUAUGGAUCACUGCAGAAUUCUGUACACCAGUUAACCAAUUUCCAGAAUCCAUUUUUGCAUGUGACAGUCAAGAUAUACAUGGCAAUCUAGGACACUGACUAAUGGGUGGAGUUAAUCAGAGCCACUCUUAAUAAUAGAAGCAUUUCUAAGAGCAAUUUCAAACCAAUUUCUCCUUUGCUUUGUAAAUUGGUGAGGCUGUAGGAGUAUGUAGUGUAAUGUAAACGAACUGUAAAAUUGCUUUAGAAAUUUGUUUAAAGGCCUAGCAGGUGAGACCCUUGGGGGGUGAUUAUAUAUUAAUAAAGAUUAAAAAAUUAAAAUUCUUGUCCUACUAGGUCAGUGUUAUGCUUCAGUGCUUUCUGAUUGCUCAAAUUUCUUGAGACUUGAUAAUUGAAAAAUAUUUUUUCCCCUGGUAUUUUAAAGUAAUGGCAUUUCUUGUACAUUUAAGUGUGACUUACAGGUUCUGGAACAUUGACAUUUAUAAGGAUAGUCAAUGGUAUUUAAGUCUAUUUUAGUAGAAAAACUUUCUUCUAAAUUAUUCUUCUAAAGAAUUUAUCAUAUUUCAAAUUUGAGUAAAUGAUUGGGUAGUGAAUUAAUUUGACUCAUAUAAAGUUUAUUAAUCUGAUCAACUCAUUGAUUUAAAUAUUUUCCUGCUAAGUAUAUCUUGUUAAUAAAUACAUAUUAAAUUCAUAUUUUGAAAUUUUAAGAAUUUAGCUAGAAAAUAGUUCUUAAUAAGAUUUGGAAUAUAUGGUUGGUGCAUCUUGGAAUUAGAGCCGUUGUUCAGAACUAUGGUAAUUGCUUUUUGUUUUAUUUGUUUUUUGAGCCACCCCUGGCAGUGCUCUGGGGCUCCUCCUGGCUCUGUGCUAGGGAGCUGCUCCUGGUGAUGCUCAGGCCUCACAGUGGCUGUGCUCAGAGCUGGGCCUUCCGCCCGGAUGUGGAUUCCUUCACGAGCGUAUGUCUAUGACCUUAGGUAUGUUUAAAAGAAUAUAAGAACUCAUGAUGAAAUCUAGUGUUCUGGAUAAUAGAAUUGGGGAGGUACUUACGGGGUUCUUCCCCCAAGAUUUUCUCUCAUGACUGUAUAUUUUAGCCUACCUGUAUGGAAUAAUAGUAUCAUUGACUGUUGGGCAAGACUAAAAGGAUCUGAUUUUGCUUUUCUGAUGAAUAAGAUUUUGCUUCAUUGACUUGGAUAUUUUUGCAAAAAGAUUUCAAAUCCCAAGAUUCUGGAAGCCCUAUCUUUUACAUGUGAAAUGGAAGCAUUAUGAAAAGGGAUGGAUGGAAGCUCUAGCAAUUCACUCCUAGUACUCUGUUUACCUAAAAGAGAAUUCAUAGAAAUAGAAUUUUUAAGAAAAUAGAAUUUCUUUUAUCUCAAAAUCAACAUGCCUUAUGGUGGUUUUUAAGUAGAUGAGAUCUUACUGUAGUUCUUCUGAAAAUGUUGGGGUAUUUUUAGUUUUGUGGCAUGCAAAAUUAAAAAGUAGACCAUUAACAUUUUUUAAGAACGAAAUGAAGACAUAUGGUGAUACCGAACAUUUAAGUGACAAGUGAAAGCCACUAUUUUGUGCAGUAAGUUAUUACUUACACACACACACACACACACACACACACAAAAAAAAAAAAACCAUUGACUAAGAAGUAAUUAGUAAUUGCCAGUGUGCUAAAUGUAGAAUAUUGUGACUUAAAUUUACUCAUGCACUGAUCACUCAUUUUCACUUAACUAGUUUGGGUUUUUGUUUGUUUUGGCUUUUGAGCCAUACCAGGUGGUGCUAGGGCUCGCUCCUGGCUCUGUGCUCAGGGUGCCGGGCAUGGAGCCUGGGCUGCCCGUGCACGCAAGGCAAGCGCCUUACCCACUGUGCCAUCUCUCCGGCCCAUAGUUGCUUAGUUUGGGGCUAGAUCAUUUUAAUACCCAAGUGAAAGUGACUUGACUUCACAAGAAAAGUGAAAUAUCUAAUUGUUUUUGUUGGUGGUAGGGGUUUGGGCCACACCCAGCAGUGCUCAGGGGCUACUCCUGCCUGCAUGCUCAGGAGUUUUAUGGUUCCUGGCAUAGCCAGAGAUCAAAUUGGAGUGGGUUGCAUGCACUGAACCCUGCACUGUUUCUCCAGUCCUCUAGCUGGUUCUUGGGCCUUUGUUUGUUUUUAAAUUGAGGUAUUAAUUGCCCGGACUUUUAAAUCUUCAGUAAUGUAUGGAUUUCUCUAACCAAAACACCAAAAAAAAAAAAAAAACCACCAACAACUUUGUUUUUGGUUUUGGCUCUAACUUACCUUGAAUUAUUUUUACUGAAAAUAUUGUUAAUGCAUAAAACAGUACAAAAGCUUAUGUUCUUAGUCAUUUAUACAGAAAUUACUAUAAUGUAGAGGUUGCUUCAUUGAAUUAAUCUCCACUUGAAAUGUAAAUAUCGGUUAUGUCUCUUCUUGGCUUUUAAAUUUAUUUUUUUGUUUUAAGUUUUGCUGUGUCUGCAUAUGGUGUGGAGCCGGGCUUCCAGGUUUCUGUGCCUUUCUCCUCUUUCCACACUGCUGUGACAGCAUCAUUGUCAUGUGACCUUACCUUCACUUGGUAUAUCUACAACUAAGUCUGCUUCUUUGGAGUCCAUUUUGCAGAGAAUACAUUAAGAAAUUUUAAUCACUAAUACGUUAAAGCUAAAUGUGUGAUUCUCCAAGCUCAGUGGUAGGAAUGGUGACUCCGUUUAUACUUUAGAAGGUAAACUGCAGUGAGAGGCAGCCCGGUCCCUCUCGGGGACUGCCGGGGCCUUCACGCCCUCACCUGGACUCUGCGCUCUCCGGGCCAUCAGCCUUCGGUCAUUCCUGUUCUUAUGGGCAGUGUGUUCCCGUGGAGACUGCUGUGAGCUCUUCCCACUUGCUUUCCUCCAACACUUCCCUUUGACAUCACGGCACUGACGGAAAACUCGAGAAAGAUUGGUUCACCCGCUGGCAUCUUGCCUCUGCCCUGAGUCCUCUCCCCUCCUAUGCUGUUUACUGCCUCUAGUGUUGUCAUUCUUGCCCCGGCACUAACUCUCCUUUUUUCCAGUACAGGGGAUUGAACCCAGGGCUUCUGACCUGCAGUUUGUGUUUUGUGAGCCACGCUUUUCCCUCUCGCUCUCCUAAUAUGCAUCACUCUGAUUUACAGGUUGCUUGCUCUGUCACCAUUGUUCCUGGCAGCAGUGUCUUAAUGUCCUGAAUUUUUUUGUUUUAAUUGCUACUGAAAGUUGAUAUCUCAGCAGCCAUGUAUGGUGAACGGUGGUAGUGACCAUCACUAAUAAAAAUGUAAAAUUAUAAAUGUAUUUAAAAUUUUAGUGACACCAAUUUGAAUUUAAAGCAUAGCUGGUGUUUCUAAAUUAUAACAAAAAUAGGUGUUUUCUUGAAAUUUUUGUUUGUUUGUUUUUGGGCCAUACCCAGCAGUGUUCAGGGGCUAUUCCUGAUUCUUAGGGGUGACCCUGGUAGACAUUAGUGGGAGAACAUCUGAGAGAGUGUGGCAUGGGGGUUUGAGCCACUCAGCCACAAGCACCUUAGCGCCAGUACUCUCGCCAGUCCUCCUUGCCGAGGUGUUUUGAGAUUAAACCUAUCUCCUUGGAGAAACAUUUCUGUCUACAGAGAAGUGUGAAUCCUAAAUUACUAAAAUCAUGACUGCCUGAAGCGCAGUAGCUUCUUUGCCUUGUGCCAUUUUCAUCAGUGCUUCGGGCUACUCCAUUUCUGUGCUUGCAGGUGCUUGUCCCAGCAGUGCUCAAGAGACCCAGUGGUGUCUGGGGUUGAACCCAGCCCCCUGCAUGCAAUGCACGUGCUCUGUCUCCAGCUUCUAAUUGUCGUGGGCCACACUGGCAGCACUCAGGGAUCACUUUGGCUCUGCGCUCAGGAAUUAUUCCUCGUGUGCUCAGGGGACUUUGUGGGGUACCGGGAUCAAAUCCGGGUUCGCAGUGUGCGAGGCACGCGUCCUCCCUGCUGUGCUGUUGCUCCAGCCCCUGAGUAACAGUUUACGAGUUCCCUCUUUCUAACAUGCUGGGAUGUUGGUCAGGCCCUCCCUCUAAGUUCUUGUAAAGUGGUUAUGGAUGACAUAGAGUCGACGGGGUGACAAGAGUGGUUGAAAAGUCCAGGAGUACCUCACGAUAUUCAUUUUUUUUUUUAAAUUUUGGUUUUUGGGCCACACCCAGCAAUGCUCAGGGGUUACUUCUGGCUCCACAUUCAGGAAUUACUCCUGGCGGUGCUCGAGGACCAUAUGGGAUGCUUGGGAUCAAACCCAGGUUAGCCACAUGCAAGGCUAACACCCUACCUGCUGUACUAUCGCUCUGGUCCCCUAGCCUGUUUUUAAUAAGAUUUUUUUUGAUUACUUCAAGUUUUGCUUCCUACCCUAACUUUCCUUCAUUCAUGUAUUUUCCCCAUAUAUUAAAAUAAUUCUCAGUCAUUUGUGAGUAUCUGUUCUUUAUGAAUGUUGUCAAAGGUAGUACUGACAAGAACACUAGAGAACUACAAAGGAAUGGAAGCACACGAGCUAGCCAGUCAGUUAACAUUGUCGUGCCACCUCAGCUUACUCCCAUUUUUGAACAUAAAACACGAUAGAAUCACAUAAGUUUCGGGCAUUGCCCUCUGUUCUUCAAGAGUGAUGUUGCAGAAUCCCCCCUCUCCCAACACGCCACCCCACAUAGUCCUGGGCACUUCCCGAGAGGAGGGCUCACACCUCCCUCAUCCUCGGUUCCCAAUAGUAUGUGCUCUGAUUCUGGGCAGGUCAUGGUUAUUCAGUUGGGUUUUACCUAGUAAAACUUUAAAUGUGGGUUAAUAGUUGCUGAUAAUUCCUCUGCCAGGUGUUAAAAGACCGAAUUUUAAUGCUGCCUCACAAUUUUGUGAUAUUGGUCAUUUGAUUUUAAUUAGCCAGUUACAGCACUUCAUUACCUCAACCAAAAUACUUGUAUCUUCUACAACCUGUCAUUGCACAGUGAUGUCAACUACUUCUUGGGUGGGGUGGUGGGGUGGUGAUGGUGCUCAGGGCUUACUCAGCUGUGCACUCAGGGAUUACUCCUGGCAGGGCUGGGAGGCCAUAUGGGGUGCCAGGAAUUGAACCUGGGUUGGCCACGUGCAAGGCAAGUGCCCUCUGUCCUAUCACUCCAGCCCAAGGGUCCGGUUCUUAGAGUACAAUCUAAUGGGGUUUAGAGAUCGGCAAAUAGGCGGUUUGUCUAAUGGUAAUUGCAAAAAGAACUGAAGUGAUGGCAUUUGAGAAACAUUCAGAGGCACACCUAGUAAGACUGAAUCUUUAAGGUUACUGAAAAAAUGUUCGGAGAUCCAGCAUGUCUUAUAAAGCAGGUGUGAUACUGCCUAAACACUGAUUUCUCCUAUGCGCUAUUUGGUUAAAAGGCAGUUUGCUGGAAUCACUGAUCGGGAAUAGGCACGUCGUAAUCCACCAUGUGUCAGAAGUAUUUUUAUUGCUGAAAAGUAUGCCUUCUAAAAACUGAAGUUUUUUUGAACUGCUGUCUUUAAAAUGAAGGGCAAAGAUAAACCCCAGGAUGUCUUCCAGAACUUUGCAUCUGCUCAGUUUCUAAAUAUUUGUUCUAUCUUGGAUUGAAACUUUAGUGAGUUAUGUAUAAGUUGAAACAGAUAUUUGCAAAGUGAUGUUGGCAACAUUAUUUUCUUCCUCUUUAGUGUGAGAUGUAGACAUUGGUUGUUUUCUGGGGAAGGUGUGUAUGAUUGAGGAAGUAGGAGGUAUAGUGAACUGUAAUUCUGCACCCAGCAAUGCUAAGGGGUUACUCCUGGCUCUGCACUCAGGACUCACUCCUGGUGGUGCUCAAGGGGCCAUAUGGGAUACUGGGGAUCGAACCCGGGUCAGCCACGUGCAGGGCAAACACGCUCCCCACUGUACUAUCGCUCUGGCCCCCUGGACUGUAAUUUUUAUCGUGACAGUGUGAUUGUCUGAGGACAGGCUGACAGAUGUAAGAGACAGACAGAAAGGAUGGUGGUGGUGUCAAGUUUAGCUUUUCUCUGAAGCCCUGCUCCCUUCUGACCCUUCCUAUGGCCAUAUGAGCUGUUAACAUCUGUUUAACAUCUGUACUCAUCUGUGUUGUUUUUCUGUCCUAAUGUGAGUUACAGACUGAGCUAGAAGUGUUGGUGUGCUUCAUUCAUGAGUUCGUGUAGUCCAAGCCUUGGCACAGCCUCACCCACUGAGCAGAAACACAGAUUACUGACCUUCAGUGUGAGUUGGACAGCAGUGUUGGAGCAGCAUCGGGGAUGUUGGUGUCGGGCGGGCGUUGAGGAGGUCAGUCCGUAAUGCCAGAUAGGGGCAUCGUAGAGAGCAGUGCCACCAGCCUCGCCUGCUCCUCUCUCCCAGGCGGGGGUGGCGCGUGCCUCCAGGUGCCCUGUUACUCCCUGGCGCUGGCGGGGCUGCACUGCUCCAGGAGGCUGAGCCCUCCAGCACUGGGCCCUGGGCCUGCCGCCCGGUAGCUGGGAGCGAAGCUCUGUCCUCGCACACGUCAGCAGGUCCUACAUUUCUGCUCCUCAGCGUUGAGAUAACAAACUGUAUAGAUAUAUGUAAAUUAUAUACGAGAUUAUAUUUUAUAUAUUGACUCAUUUUACAGUUUACAAUUCAUAUUUUUUAGUAUUUUUCACAGGAUCAUGUAGCUAUAACCACAGUCUUAAUUCCAGAACAUUUUAGGAUAGAGGAUGUUUAAGCUGUUCCCACCUUUUGGCUGUUAAAACUAAACUUAAAAAUAUUUGCGUAUAAGUUUUUGUUUAAGGUAUGUCUUCAUUUCUCUUGGGUGUGCAGGACCAGUUUUUAGGAGUGUAAUUGCUUAGUCAUUUGCUAACUUUGUAUUUGCUCAUUUGAGGGAUUGGGUAGCUUUUUCCUCAUUUUAUGUUCCUAUCUGUAGUGUGUGAGCAUUUUAAUGUCUUUGUUAAAAUGCUCCAUAUCCUCACUAAUGACUAUUGUUUCGACUUGAUGCUUGUCACCCGGAUGGGUGUAAAGUAAGACUUCAUUGUGUCUUCCUAAUGUAAUGUUCUGAGCAUCUUUUUGCACAUUACUGGCUAUUUGUUUUCUGCACAGAAAUGUCUGUUCAGAUCCUUUAAAACUUUUGGUUAUUUCUCAUUUUGUUGAAUAUGAGUUCUUACAUAUCCUUUAUACUGAACCUUUCCAAGUAUAUGGUUUGCAGAUAUUUUCUCCCAUUCUUUAGGUUCUUUGGAGGAAGAGUGGGAGGGGCCGUGAGAGACCACACACCACGGUGCGUGGGGAGCCCUGUGGGGUGCUGGUGCCGGGUGCGAGGCUUUUCUUGAGAGCAUUCUGUUUCAGGAGAGUUUCAUUUUGGUGCAGCCCAGUGUUUCUAAUGCUUCCGUUUCUUUGUUACUUGGACCUUUGAUGCUCUAUUUAAGGAAUCACACGAAACCACUUCCUGGUCCAAAGUCAUUGUACUGGCUUCAUGUGGCAGCUCUGGCAGUUACAGGAACCCGCUAGUGAACAGUGGUAUGAGUUUUGUAGCUGUGGUUGGUAUCUACGGUCAGUUGGAGCCAAGUAGAGGAGCUCAGCUAGUCAGUGGAGCGCUUCAAGACCCAACCAGGUUUCUGACAGGAGAAGAUAAGCUUCAAAGAACAUGCUUGCUAUUUUCUUUUAGGUUUUUUUUUUUUCGGUCACACCCAGUGGUGCCCAAUACCCAUUGGUGCUCAGGGGGCCAGGUGGUGCUGGGGAUGAAACCGGGGCCUUCUGAAUGUAAAUGCACUGCGCUAGUGCUGAGAGCUCUCCUCUGGCCAGAGUUCUGCUUCACCGUACUGGCAUCAAGUCGUGCCUGAAUUGGCAGUUCUGCUGACCUGCCCUGUAUACAUUUAGGAGCAAAUAGGUCCCACAGUUACUUAGGCUAAUUUUUAAAAUUAAAUUUCUUAUUUAUCUAAUAUAUCACUAUGUAUAUCUAUUAUCUCCUCCUCAUUCCGACUUAAGGAAAAGACUCACAACUGUAUUUUGUGUUAGCUGUUAGGUUCUCAAUUCGUUUUGAUUGUUUUUUGUGUGUGAUGUGAGGGAGGGUUCCAAAUACAUUCAUGGCAUGUGGAUAUUGACUUUUCCGCAUGAGAACAGCGCAGUCCCAUUUGUUGAAUGGUAUUGGGCCUUGUUUGUGGAUUUAAUUCUGUACUCCAUUUUAUUGAUCUACAGAUUUCUCCUUAAUGCCAGCCUUGUACUGUAUCCUUGGAUUAAAUUUUAAAGUCAAGAAGUGUGGAUCUUUUUAUCUUGUUUUUGUUUUUUUCCAAUAAUUGGAGAAAGUUAUCCUGGGUCCUCCACUUUUCCAUAUGAAUUAUAGGAUCAUUUUAUUUAUGUGGAAAAAUAUUUGAAAUUCUGGAAGAGUUCAUAUUGAAUUUGAAGAUUGCUUUGGAAAAGUGUAUGUAUUCUUCCAGUCAUGACCAUGGUUGAUUUCCAUUUAUUUACAUCUUUUAAACUUUCUUUCAGCAGUGUUUUAUAAUCUAAUGUGUUGUAUUCUUUUUGAUGGUACUAUAAGUGGAAUUGUUUCCUUAAUUUUCAGAUAAUUCAUCACAGUAACUGAUUUUUGUAUAUUAAUUUUGUAUCAAUUUUUUGUAGGCUCCCUGAUUGAGAAGUUAGAUAUACUCUGUUGGUCUAACCUGUUUGUAUCAGAAUUAUAUUGGUUUUAUAUUUUUAAGUAUCCACUUACUAGUCUUUUACUACUUUUUAUUACAAAGUAGCCUUUACAUGAUCCCGGGCAAUGCCCAGUUGUCAGCUACAGAGACAGGCUGAAGUCAUGUCAUAAAGUGAGCUCCAUUUUUAACUGAAGUUUUCUCCUCUUUCCCAAAUACUGUCUAACAUUUGACUCUUGCUUCCUUAUUUGUUAGAUAUGUGCUUAGAACAAAGGAUGUUAUUCAUGUACAGAGGAGAGAAUUACCACGUAGGGAAUGGAAAUGAAGCACGUGCAAUAAAAUCAGCAGUAUGAAAAUCAACAUU